ACCUGCUUUCUUGCCGGCAGAUGUCAUUGUAACCCGCAAACACAACUCCCACCUUCCAUACUCCACCAGCCAUGGUCAACGUCGACGAAGAGGUCGCUCAACUUCAAAAGGAAAUCAUCCGGCUCGGAACACCGCGCUCCGACGGAAAGGGCGUCGCGUCCGUCAAGUUCGGCACCCUCGUUAGGGACGACCAGUGUGCCAACAUAUUCGAAGCGAUCGUGGGGACGUUGCGGGCAGCAAAAAAACGCGGGAUUGUUACUUACGAUGGGGAAAUCUUAUUGCAAGGUCCUCACGACAACGUCGAUGUAGUGUUGCUGAAGGCACCUGGCGCUUGAGAAACCGAGACUGAUUUCUGUAGGAUGGCAUAGAAAGCUUUCAAUUGCGCGAGGCAUCUUCUCCCUCAAGGACGCCAUGGCGUGAGGCUGCGACCUGUGAUAGACAGUACUUUGAGCGGAACCAUACUCCAGGCGGCUGUUGAGCCUUGGUUCUUCAUCACACACACACUCGUGCAGACAGUACGUCUCGCCCGUGCAUAUACAGUAGUAAUAUAUACACCUGUGAGCUUCCUAUUCCAACUCGCCACUGCGCCGAGAGAGACGGGUCCGACGAACGGAUAAACCUGCUGCCGGAUCAGAAGACUGAGCGCUCACAUACGUCUUCGGCAAGCGUGUCGUCGGUCUUCCGCGCAGAAUAAACAGACAUCUCUUGUCGCAACCCCACG